CCUAGCAAUCUAUUCCUCUAUAAAAUCCUCGCCCUCUUCAUUUUUGCUCAAGCCGUCGCGUUUCUUUCACCGAAGAUGUCGAAGCGAGGACGAGGAGGAUCGGCCGGAAACAAGUUCCGGAUGUCGCUGGGUCUUCCGGUGGCCGCCACCGUGAACUGCGCCGACAACACUGGGGCCAAGAACCUUUACAUUAUCUCUGUGAAGGGCAUCAAGGGGCGCUUGAACAGGUUGCCUUCAGCUUGUGUUGGUGACAUGGUGAUGGCCACUGUGAAGAAAGGGAAGCCUGAUUUGAGGAAGAAGGUGAUGCCCGCUGUCAUUGUCAGGCAAAGGAAACCUUUUCGCCGAAAGGAUGGUGUUUAUAUGUACUUUGAAGAUAAUGCUGGUGUUAUAGUAAAUCCAAAGGGUGAAAUGAAAGGAUCUGCUAUCACAGGACCCAUCGGAAAGGAGUGUGCUGAUUUGUGGCCUAGGAUUGCAAGUGCAGCGAACGCCAUCGUCUAGUCAAUCUACUUAAUAUGUUUAUUAUUUGGGCUGGAUAUGAGUUAUAUUGUUAUAAAACAUAAUUCAAGGUUUUAGUUGAAGUUGUUCCCGAGACUAGUAAGCAAAUUUUGGCUUUGUUAACUAUGGCUGUGGCUAUAACUUCCUGUGUGUUGUCAUUCUUUCUUGUUAUCCAUUGAGUCAUAUGAAGUACAAUUUCUGUUCUGAUUUUCUUU